GCCUUAAAGAGAUAACCUGACUUGAGAUGUAUAUACAACACGCCAGUUCAUAGUUCGUAAUUUAACGUAGAACUGCGUCGCGUGUUGUGUUGAUUAAAAUAUUACAAAUUUAUCGUAAUAAACUUCGUUGUAAUUUGUACAAUGUAUAAACUUGAAAUAUAUGAUGAUAUGUGACGACAUUUGAAGUAAGAUCAGUAAUUAGGCCAAAAUAUAUUGCAAAAGAGAAAUUCUUCGAUAGAUAAUAACCUUUAUUUUAAAACAAUGUAAUAUGUUUUAUGACGCAUCUUUGAAAUAAUCCGUAUAUUUAGACAUAUUUGACACAUAUAAAUCAUCAAAUCUCACAUAAUUUAUCUAAACGACAUGAAGUAAUAUUUACAAGAAAUUAAAUUAAACUAAAAUCAAACAUGAAUACAUUGUGAAGCAUACUCAAUUAAGUUUAUACAUAUGAAAAUGUUUCGAAGUCGUAGUUGGUUUGGAGGAGGCCUUUGGAAGCCAAAAAAUCCACAUUCAUUAGAGCACCUUAAGUACCUGUACAAUGUUCUGUCGAAGAAUCAAACAGUUUCUGAAAAUAAUAGAGGUUUAUUAGUAGAAACCCUUCGUUCAAUAGCUGAAAUUUUAAUAUGGGGUGACCAAAACGAUAGUAGCGUCUUUGACUUCUUUUUAGAAAAGAACAUGCUUUCAUUCUUCUUGCGUAUAAUGAAGCAGAAAUGUGGAAGUUAUGUAUGUGUUCAAUUACUUCAGACGCUCAAUAUCUUAUUUGAAAAUAUACGCAAUGAAACAUCUUUAUACUACCUACUAAGUAAUAACCAUGUAAAUAGUAUUAUUGUGCACAAAUUUGACUUCAGUGAUGAGGAGGUAAUGGCAUAUUACAUCAGUUUCUUAAAAACCUUAAGCUUGAAGUUAAAUACUCAUACCAUCCAUUUCUUCUAUAACGAGGUAAACGAGCAUACCAAUGAUUUUCCUCUAUAUACGGAAGCCAUUAAGUUUUUCAAUCAUUCAGAGGGUAUGGUUCGUAUAGCAGUAAGAACUUUGACUUUAAAUGUAUAUCGUGUGGAAGAUGUGUCUAUGUUGGCAUUUAUAAGAGAUCGCACAGCAGCACCUUAUUUUAGUAAUCUUGUAUGGUUUAUUGGUAAUCAUAUUAUAGAAUUGGAUACGUGUGUCCGAAAUGAUGCAGAUCAUCAAAGUCAAAAUAGAUUAUCAGAUUUAGUGGCAGAACACUUGGAUCAUUUGCAUUAUUUAAAUGAUAUACUUUGCUUAAAUAUACCCGACCUUAACAAAGUACUUUCAGAACAUCUGUUGCAUAAAUUAUUAGUUCCACUAUAUGUAUAUUCGUUAAUGAAACAAAAAGAUCUUAUUUGUCAAAAUCAGGAUGAAAGAAAAUAUGUCAGUGUGGUUGUGGCAUUAUUUUUACUUUCUCAAGUAUUUUUGAUUGUUUCUCACGGACCUCUUAUAUAUACUUUAGCAGCUGUGAUAUUUAAAUCUGAUUUGAAUAUGAUUCAGAUAGGAGUACGAAAAGUGAUUGAAACAUUUAGCGAUAUAUCAUCAAAUAAAUCAGUCGAAUUUUCACAGCCAAAAGAAACAUUAGAAAAAUCCUUAGAAAAUCUAAGUGAAUCAUUAACCAUUUCAGAAAGUCUUAAUGAUGAUGAUGAUAAUAAUGUAGAAUUUACAAGUGAGACUGGAGAAACUAUAGAUGAAAAAUUACAAGAUUUAAAUAAACCUAGCACAUCACGUAUUCAUGUGUUGCCCUGUGAUACAUCUAUUAAGAGCUCUGAACAAUUAGAUAUGAAUAUUCCGACUGAAGAACUAGAAGACAUAAAACAUUUGAAUGUUACUGAUGAAGAAAAAGAACGUUUGGCACUAGAAAGCCCAUUAACACAGAGUCAAAUACAACAUAAUGCUCUUGAACUAUUAUCAAACAAACCAUUUUUAGAAACUAUACUGAAUUCCUUAUUUUGUACAGAAAAUGAUUAUGCUGCAUUAUUUGGACUGUGCUUACUUUAUGCACUAGCCAAUAAUCAGAAUGCAGAAACAAAGAAUUGGUACAAUGAUAUAUUAAUAGAUAGACUAAUUCACAUAAUCACUCUAAGCUGUCAAAUAAAUGCUAAAGUGAGACUUGUUACAUUAGAAUUAACAAUCAAAUUAUUGACACAGUUAGUUUUGUCAGAAGGACAAAGUCUUCUAAAAGAUUCGCAUUUAGCAGCAAUUGAAGCAGCAAAAGAACAAAGUACAGCACUUUUAAGAAAUUUUUAUAAGAAUGAAGAGAUAUUCUUGGAUAUGUUUGAGGAUGAAUAUAACGAAAUUCAAAAAAGACCCUUAAAUGUCGAAUGGUUGAUGAUGGACAGUAACAUUUUGUUACCUCCUACGGGUACCCCAAUGACUGGUAUUGAAUUUAGCAAACGAUUACCAUGUGGUGAAGAGGAAAGAGCGCGUCGUGCGAUUAGAGUAUUUUUUUUAAUUCGGGAAUUAUCUUUCACUAUUAAUAUGGAAGAAGAAACACAGUUACCCUUAACAAAUCCAGAUAAAUGUGUAGAAGUUACCAACAAGCUUGAUCUAAAUAACAGUGACUUAAUAUCAUGUACAGUUAUAUGGAAAGAUGGACAAAAAAUCCAUUGGUUUUUGGUCGUUGAUGUAACACAAUUAAUUCUAGUUGAACCUGAUACUACCAGGCUUGGGUGGGGCGUAGCAAAAUUAGUAGCCUUUUUACAGGAUAUUGAAGUAGCAGGUGACAAGGACGAUUCUAGAUGUUUGAAUUUAACUAUAUACAAGCCUUUGAGUAAUAGCACAGGCAAUAGAGUUCCGUUACUAUCAACUAAAUUUAUAUUCAGUGACCACAUUAGAUGUAUGGCCGCAAAACAAAGGUUAACCAAAGGUAAAAUAAAAGUACGACAAAAAAAGAUAAAUCAAAUUGCUCGAUUAUUGGAUAUACCAACAAGUAUACCUCAUUCGUCUACUCCUCCAAACUAUGCUUUACGUAAUAUGCGACAUGACCGUAUUCUUGGACGUGGACAAAGGCAGAAGGAUCAAUCAAGACCAAUGUUUACGGUAAAUAAAGUUCCAGGAUUCGCUGCACAAAUGCGCAGGGAACAGGUUCUUAGACCUGUUCUUGGUCUUCCAUCAACUAGUUGUAAGCGUGUUGAUAAUAACUCUAAUGAGAAGAUUCAUGAAAAUGGUUUACGAUCUAGAGAUAGUUCUCCAAAAAUGCCACGUCCACGUAGCGAAGAAAUACCUCUUGAGGAUAUGCGUAAUCGUAAAACAUCUUUAACGUCUAAUGGAGCAAGUGCAUCUCAUAUAUGUUUAGAGAAGAAAGAUAGUUGCAAUCCUGGUAGUUCAACUAAUAGUGAAUCUUCAUCUAUAAUUAGAAAACGUUCCGAAGAAACAUCGUUUACUUCUCCUCAAAAUAAAGAAAUUAAACCACGUAGAAAGGGUCAAGUGGAGACAGUAUGAUUAUAUAAGAAUAGAAUUAUUUUUAAAAAUUGGAAAAAGGAAAAUUUUUGUUAGGAAGUUAAUGAAAGAAGAAAAAUGUAUAUACAUUUUUGAAAUAGAAACAAAAUCCUCAAUCAAUUUAAUCUGUAACUAUUUGUAUGUCGUUCGAAAUUUUCCAAACUAUGUUUUUUCACAGUAUUUGGUAACUGAUAUUACAAGUAAUUACUACUGCCUCUUGUGUAAUUACAUACUUUACCAUUUGCAGUUACAAAAUGAACACUUGUAUAAAAAAUAGUACAUUCGCGUUAAAUUUUAAUAAAUGAAUAUAUCGUGAUAAAUAUUUCUGUUACGUAAUUACAUAUUUUGUAGAUACGUUUUAUUCUUUAUACAAAUAUCAUAUUUAUUGUUUUUUUAAAUGUGGACAUUACUUCAUUAGUACAUAAAUUCUUGAAUAAUGUUUCUCAUAAUGAUUUAAUGUAUAUAUGUUUUUUAAUCUAGAAUAAAAGUAAUUUAAAUUAUCUAUAUAAAAUAUUAUUUGUGUAUUAAACAUGCUUUGCAUUCAAUAUUUAUAAGACUUCUGUAAUAUUUUAAAGUGCAAUGGUAUUUUUUUUACUUUUAAAAUAAUGUGGGAAAUUUUAGUACUUAUUAACAUUAUUAUCAUAAUUUAAUUUUUCCUUUUCUACAGGUAUUACAUCUAUUUCCAACGUAUAUAGUAUCACUUUCUUGUAAAUUAUAUUAAAUUUGGUAUUAAAAACGGAAAUUGAAUAUUGUAAAUAAAUAUAUUUAAGAAGGAUACUAGAAUAAUGUUCUAAUUUCAGAGUAAGCUUUAAGAAACUGUAAAUUCUCUUAAAUGCAUCUGUAAUAAUGGUAUAACCUCAUGUCCAUUUGGACUAUUUUAGUCAAAAGAAAUUAAUUCAGCUGUUUCAGGCUUUGAUUCUUCCUUUGCUGGAGUACUUUCUGCUGCUGGUGGAGCUGAAUUUUGUGAAAAUGUAAAUGGUUGGCCUUGGGUAGCAGAAAUUUGUGUCAUUCCUUGCAUAUUUAAAUUAGGUCCUGUAGGACCUUGUAGAGAUUGAUUUGAUGGAACCAUUCCAGUACCACCUCCACCAGAAACUUGUAUAGUAGUUGUUCUUUGAGGUGGAAUAAUAGUAGAAACAUGCUGUUGUACUGGAGCCCCUUGUGGAAUAGGUAUACCAAUAGGUUGUGGUCCAAUUUGUGAUGGAAGUACAACUUGUCCAGGUGGUGCGUGCGUCGCUGGAACUAUUUGCCUUGGUGGUGGGGGAGCUAUAUUAGUAGGUGGUACAGAUUGAGCUAUACCUAUCUGAUUUGGUAGACCCGAUAUUUGUGAAUUGUGAGGUCCUUGUGGCAUGUGGCUUGACGGUACUUGUGUCACUGGAAUAUGACUAGCAGUACCUUGUUGAGCAGGACCUAUCUGAUGACCAGUUGGUUGCUGAAGUUGUGUUAUAGGAUUUGUCACUUGAGGCAUCUAUAAUAAAAAAGAUAAUAAAAAGCUUUUAAAUUAUA